CUCUCCUCUUGGGCUCAGAGUGGUUCUGGUUUGACACUUGGGUGGUGGGGAGAAGGGAAUAAAGUGAGUCCAGAAGGUGGACCGUUGACAUGGAUGCCCUCGCGCUCGAGGCCGCCAUUGGUAAAAAGCCAGCUAACGGUGCAGCGGCUGCACCUGUACUGGCCCCAGCACCGGUCAAACGCAAACCUGCUAAAAAAGCUAAAAAGGCUGUUGUUUUCUUUGAGGUGGAGAUACUUGAUGCCAAGACCAAGGACAAGCUGUGCUUCCUGGACAAGGUGGAACCAAAUGCCACCAUUGGGGAGAUCAAGUCUAUGUUCCACAAGAGCCAUCCUCAGUGGUACCCAGCCAGACAGUCCAUUCGCCUCGACCCCAAGGGGAAAUCUCUAAAGGAUGAGGAUGUUCUACAACAGCUUCCUGUGGGAACCACAGCAACGUUUUACUUCCGAGACCUGGGGGCUCAAAUCAGCUGGGUCACGGUUUUUCUGACGGAGUACACAGGGCCUCUUGUUAUUUACCUGAUGUUCUACUUCAGGGUUCCCUUCAUCUACGCUCCCAAAUAUGAUUUUACCACCAGUAAACACUGGGUAGUACAUCUGGCCUGCAUGUGUCACUCUUUCCACUUCGUCAAGAGGCUGCUGGAGACACUGUUUGUCCAUCGCUUCUCUCAUGGUACCAUGCCACUGCGCAACAUCUUCAAGAAUUGUACAUACUACUGGGGCUUUGCAGCAUGGAUGGCCUAUUACAUCAAUCACCCGCUAUAUACACCACCAAUUUAUGGUGAGCAACAGAUCAGACUGGCCCUUGUCUUAUUUCUGUUCUGUCAAAUUGGAAACUUUUCCAUCCACAUCGCGCUCCGCAACCUCCGUCCGCCAGGCUCCAAGACCAGGAAGAUACCCUAUCCAACAAAGAAUCCCUUUACCUGGAUCUUCCUGCUGGUCUCUUGCCCCAACUACACUUACGAGUUGGGCUCUUGGCUCGGCUUCACGCUGAUGACUCAGUGUCUGCCCGUGGCUUUCUUCACCUUGGUGGGUUUCAUUCAGAUGACCGUGUGGGCCAAAGGAAAGCAUCGCAGCUACCUGAAGGAAUUCCGUGAUUACCCCCCUCUCCGAUCGCCCAUCCUGCCAUUUGUCCUGUAGAAGACCACAUUCAUGGCCGCUCCUUCAUCCAAAUCAGCUUCCAUUGAUUGUAGCAACCUCCCCCUCUCUACCCAAACCUUAAAAGAGCAUCAACUCCCUUUGUUUCACUCCCAAUUCUACACUGGAACGCCACUGACUGAAAACAUGACUGCUGGCUUCCUUCCUAAACCAUUUUUUUCUUGAUCGCUAUGAUGCUAAAUGUUUAAUACAUCACUGGGUUUAUUUGUUUUCUUUAUUUAACAUGCUAAACAAACCAUGCAAUUAUGCCUGGUUAUUUGAAUUAUUUUGCAUCUCCAGAGAUGUUCUGACUUUCAAAUGAGCCCGUGUGCGCUGAAUGGCAUACAGUAUUGCAUUCAUACAGGUCGGAUUUAUGUUUUGAUGUUCAGAAAUUUAUAAAUUGCUGUUCACAUCCAUUCAUCUGAAAAGGUAAUUUAUUAAUAAAAAGGAACCAAACCUA